AGGGCACGCGGCCAGAGGGCCGUUGGAAAGAGAGGACGCGAAUCGCGGGGGGGGAGAGAUUCCUUUAGUCCCCGCCCCUUGGGCAUGCGCAGCGGGUGGCCUCGCCUCCGGGGCCCAUGGAGCUGCCCGCCGUCCACAAGUGCCUGCAACUCAGUGAUGAAAACGAACAGCUACUUAAGAAGUUGAAAAGGCUGCGUAGAAAAAAUCAACAGCUAGAAAAUGAUUUGGCUCAGAUCCAGGAAAAACUGCAUCUGGAGCAGUUAAUGCAUGACUGUGUCACAAGCAGAGAUGUUCAGGUUCAAACAGAAUCCCACUUAUGGCACAAGGGAGCUGGCAGUCACAACAAGGAAAUGAAAGUAACAAGCGAAAGUGCCAGAAUACUUCAGAUGUAUAAUAACCUGCAGAAACGUUAUGACAGAGAAAUCAAAACAAACCAGGAACAAAGUGAAACAAUUAAAAAUCUCACUAUUAAAAUUCAUGAGCUAGAGCAUCAACUUCAAGGACAAAAGCAAAGAAUUGAGCAGCUGGAAUGUAAAAAGGUCUCCCAGAAGGACAACGCUGUUUCUGGAGUAAGGACUCCGACAGCAGAGAGAGAAGUAACAUUAUCUCACAGAUGCAUAUGUAAGAAGAAGGGAGCCUGUUCUUGCAAAUAUUUAGCGCUAUUGCUGCUUGAGAUUCAAAAGCUGAAGAAAAAAAAUGAGAAGCUGUCUAGAGAAAGGAGAAUGCAAAGAAAUGAAUUACCUGGAUUAGACAAGGUUCAGGAAGAGGAGUAAUUGGAAUUCAGCUGAACUUUUGUUUUUAACUGCUUGAUUCUCUUGUGAACACGCUUUUAUCUUGGGCCACUACUGUCUCUAGUCUUCCACCUUGAGGUUAUUUGCUCCAUGUUACAGAGACACUGACUGAAGUGUAAAUCGAUUGACUUAGUUCUGCCCAACAGAUAGAUAAUUGCAUUGAGAACAAAAACAAAUUUCCCAAACUAAGUAUCCACUGCUGCUCUGUAAUAUUUGUGAGCGGAGGAUUAUUCUUCCAUAGAGUUAGUUACUCCUAGGGCAAGACUUUUCACUCUUCUUUGCUGGGCUGUUAAAAGUGACAUUUGGACCAGGGGAGGAGGGAGUUAGUGGGAAGUGCUGGUAGUUCUUGAAAUGAGAUGGUAAGAGUUGGAGGUCUAAUCUUACUGUUCAGCUGAGUUAUUUGAAUAUCCAGAUGAAAGUUUUCUUCAUUUUUAGCAGCAAAUUUCCUUUCAGCUGUUUCUAGAUUUUCGUGUUUGCAUAAAGCUAAUUAUUUCAGCUUGGUCCUUUUGUUUGGAGGACAAACAUUAAUCCAUUCACUCUUGGAUCUGUAGCACAUGCUGGCAUCAUUGACAUUCAAGUGAUUUGGGAACUUCAGUCCAGUUAGGUGCUUUUGAAAAUUUUAAGCUUGGUGUGUAGAGAGUAAUCCUAAUAAUUGUAUAGUCAUGAGUGUUUGUUGAAGAAUACAUUCAGAUACUGACAUAACUUGUCACUUGUUUUCAGUACUAAUUUAGUAUUUCCUCUUGAAGGAAGUACUGCCUUGUCCUGUUAUUCUCAUCGGCUCCAACAGGUUUUCAGCUGGGUAGUACUUACAGAUCCAGCAGGAAGUGGUGGUGUUGAUUUAUUGUGUGUGACUGUUUUCUAAGAAUUGUUAUGAAUCAAUUUGGCCCAGCCUGAUGUUUUAUUUAGGAGGUAGAGAUGAGAGAUCUAUCUGAGGAUCUAAUUAUUUGUCACUAAGGUUGUUAUUACUGAUAUACUAGUAGCUGAAAGCCUGUGAUAUCACACAGGUGUGGCAGUCGGGCCACAUACUCCGCAGUCUAUGCAGCCUGUCUCAUACAACCAAUACAACUGUUGCAUGCAAAUUAACUAUAGAGGAAGGGCGGUGAUUGGUUGAGUUACCUCUGAUAUCACAAUGGUCUAGGACUUGUGGCUUGGCAUAUAUACAUACCUGCUGUACCUACACACCACACAGAUGUAAUUCAUAAAAUUAAAGUGGCUGAGAACUUAAAAAUUGAACAGUAAAACAGGGAAUCUUAGUGAUGAUUGAAUCUGUUGAUAUUCUGAACAAAAAGAGCUCUCAGCCAUGCUUGUAGCUGUUUCUGUCUCCUCACACUGACUCAACAGACAUUGUAGGCUUCCGAGUGACAUACAGAGUAACAAUUGUAGAAUUUUAUUAUACAGAUGACUACAAGAUGUGUGUAGCAGGUUACAAAACCAACAUUGACUCCCUUCUCCAAAGCACUUAGUCAAAGUAAAAACAAGAGAAAAAAACAGUAGAAUCUGGAGGCAUCUUUAUCAUGUCGUCUCUUUUGAAAGCAGUAGAUUCUGUGUCACCGUUCGGGCUAGAAUUCUGGGUGAUUACAUUCUGUCUACUAUUGCUAUACUUCCUCUGUAAGUGAUUUGGAUAUGCUGUUUUUUUACUGUCCUAAACUCUGGAAGAUUGCCUGUGCAAGUCAUUACCUUGAUUCCUCCAUUUCUGAAAUCCUUAUCCAUACCUUAAUCUCCUCUCUCCUUGACUAUUGCAGUUCCAGUCUUUACGGACUCACUCCUAACUCUCAGCUCUCCAGACUCCAUGAUGUGUGGAAUUCUGCUGUCUGGCUUUUGCAAAUACAGGGAAAUGUAACUACAUUUCCAUUAUCAGACACCUCUUUUGGCACCUGAUUCACUUUGAGAUUCCUUUGAAACCCCUUUGUUUUUUAAAAUUGUCACUGAUUUGUUCCCUGUGUCUUUGUGGACUUCGCUUUCUCUCUUGAAUCCAUCCUACUAUCUCUGUCCACACCACUGGGUUUGUGUGACUACCUUUCCUUUCCAUUUAGAACUUCCUUUUUGUCUUUCUGCAACAUUGACUCUUCUCUCCUUUGCUUCUCUCUUAAUUUCUCUUGCUGCUAUCAUAUUUUUUAUUUUACUUUUUAUUAUUUGUCUGUAAAAUAUUUUGAAACUGUUUGUAUGAAAGAUGCUAUAUAUAUAAAAGUUGUAAGCUGUUGUGCAGUGUUGCAGUUAGCCACCACAUCUCAAUUGAGAUGUGGUUGCAGCCUCAGUGGUGACCAAAGUGAUUCCUAUGUGUAUAACUUGAAGAGUACUCUGAGGGUACAUCUACAUGGCCCACAGCAGCGACUGCCAGAGCCUGAGUUGAUAAACUUGAUGUCGCUCUACUGCACUAAAAAUGGCUGUGUUGAUGUUCCGGCUCAGGCUCUGAAGCCCACCUCCCUCACCAGAGCCUGAGCUCUGUCCCAAGCUGCAAUGUGCAGCUGUUUUUAGCAUGUUAGUGGAAGUUUGAGUCUAUCGACUAGGGCUGUGAGACUCGCUGUGUCUGUACCCUGAGAAGUAGGCUGAAGCAGGGGAAAAUUUUGAGGUAUGACUAUAACCUUCCAAUGUCUAAUGGGAAAUGUAACUUUAGAAAAAAAUAGAUGAAUACUGAAUUUUCUUUUUUAGGAAUUUUUCGACGAGGUAGAAGAUUUAAAGUAUGCUCUACAAGAAUCAAUAAAACUGAAUAAUCAGUAUGAAAAGUGCUUGAAACACAUAAGUUCAACAUAUGGACUUGCUUUUGCCACACCUUUUGUAACUAGUAAUAGAAAUUAAACAUUCCAUUUAGAUUUUUCAUGUUGAAUUCUCUCCCCAAAAUACAGAUCAACCUGGUUACCAGGUUAGCACUUCAUUUUCCACAAUAAAAUCAUGACUUUCUUGACUCUAACAUGCAAUUUUACAGUGUUAUGUAUCUUUUACUUGACCGUGUGCCUUUGUUAUAUAGUUUUUGAAUAAACUGUCCUUUUAUAAUUUUGUUUUAGAAAUUCAGUGGUUCUGCUUCAUUUGUUUAAAAUGGAUGUUGCAGGAAUAAAUAAUGUGCAUUUUUUAUAAUCUUUGUAUUUAAAUUUGACUAAUUGUCCAGCUUUGGCAUUUUAUUAUGAUAGGCUUCAUGGGCUUAGUCUUCAAUUGUGGUAGAAGACAGAUCAAUGCAGCUGAGGAGGGGCAUUGCAAAGGUGGUUUUAAGGUGCUGUGCAGUCAGAUCAUUUGGGUGCAGGGGAGCAGGAAACAACCUGCCCCACUCUCCAGGGUGGGAAUUGCUACAGUAGUUCUUUGCUACUUGAGCUUCAUUCCAAGCAGGCAAAAUCUCUGGAGGAUUAGUGGCCUGGCUUUAGGGUUGCUUUGUGCUAGCAGUUUGAUAUAAAGCUGCCCUAACACAGCCUAGGAUCUGGCCUAUUAUUUGUAAAUUCAUUGAGGACCCAGUAACCACAAAUUCCUAGUUUGAAAUGGUCCAAUGAAAAUUUUACCCAGAUGUUCCUAACUACUGUCUUAUUCUAUGUGUUUGUUUACUCUUUGCAUGGCAUUUUUUUCCUUAUUAAAUAAAACAUCAACUUUCUGUUCA